CUGGUAACGGGAAGAACUGGAACGGGAAAGUCGACACUCGUAAAUGCCCUCGUAGGGAAACGUGUGGCCGACACUGGAAACAAAUUGUGUGCAGUAACGCAAAACGUGACGAGCUACGUGGCAAAGGCGAAAGACGGCGUGGAAGUUCUGGUGUGGGACUCGCCUGGUCUUCAGGACGGCUCCGGAAAUGAGUCCGAGUAUCUCGCUGAACUUAAAGAAAAGUGUAGUAAUGUCGAUGUUAUCAUAUACUGUAUCGACGUUUCAGCUGCUCGCACUCAAUAUAAUAAAGACGAAGAGCAAAUAAGCGACCUCCGCGCAAUACAGCAGCUGAUUGCAACUUUCGGCCAGGACUGGUGGGAGCAUUCUAUCUUCGUUUUGACUCGUGCGAAUGCGCUGGAAGCAGCGCUAAAAGUAAAGCAUGAUCUCAGGAAGCGGUUCAACGGGAGGAUACAGGAUUGGAAGCAACGGAUCCACGAAAUUCUGUUAGGUGAAGGUGUGAGUAAAGAAAUUGUUGACGAAACACCCGUAGAGCCCGCUGGUCACAUCAAAAAGCCCAACUUACCUGGCAGAAAGUACUGGCUCAGCGCACUCUGGAUCAUCUUUCUGGACCGCGCAAAGGAGUGUUCUCAACCACUGAUAACAAAAGUGAAUCUACAUCGCUUGAAGAAAGAGAGCGAGGUGAAGGAAGGCGACUUCGAGAAGGAAGGCGAUGAACAGCCGAUCGUGAUAGAUCACAUGGAAUGGAUUAGUGACAUUUUGAAAGGAGGGUCCGUUGGUGCUCAAGCUGGUGCUGGGGUUGGGGCAUUGGGUGGCAUCAUUGGGAGUGUGGUGGGAGGAGUCGUUGGUGGGGCCGUAGGAGCUGGUGCUGUUAUACUCACUAAAAUCUGGAAGUAUAGAUCUAAAAAGAAGAAGCAGAAGAAGUAG